ACUUUGCACUUCACAUUUCUCCACUUACACGCAAACGUCCUCUCUCGUUUACCUACCAUCUACAGUCUACACACCUACCACCGACAUUCCCUCGAGUCUUCAUACAUCUUCGUUCAACAAGUCUGAUGUGAUAAUCGAGCUUGUACCAAGAUCUCUCUCCCCCUUCUCAUACAUUUUUUUUUAUCUUGCCCCCCGACCCUUCGAGGCAUCUUUUGAUCUCUUCCCAGGAGCGUAUAUCACCUUGGACUUAAAAACGCUUCCCCUGUUACCGCCUCGUAUACGGGUACCUUUUUCUCUCAUCACCAGUAUCAUUUCGAAAACAUAGAAUACAAUUUUUGUUCACAGUAUACUUCAAUAUUCUACUUUAUUUGGUAUAUUAACAACGAAUGCAAUUAUGUUUGCGGACACUGAUGCGAUAACCUCACGCCCGAACGGCAUUGGCGCCGGACUCGUAGAGAGCGAAUAUGACCACAUUCCUUCCACGCCGCCUGAUGUUAUGGCCAUCCCCCAUUCUGCAUCGCAACAAUCCAUCCCUUCCACUGAAGCGCCAAAUUCACCCGUCGAUCCUCACUCUCCGUUCAAGGCGGAAUUAAACGACGAUCACAAUCCGUCCUCCCAGGUCAUUCCCUCAUCCUUGACUCCGCCUCCCUCGUCCCAAGUUCCCCAGACGAACGGUGCCUCUGGCAUGCCUCUAGGCUAUGUUAGUUCCCAAAGAGCUAACAUGUUUUCCCCACCCGCCACGAUACCACGAUCCCUCGUUCGCGAUACCGGCUCUACAUCCGAUUUUGUUGCUCCAACCUCAGAUCAAAUAUCAGACGGUUCGGCUGAUGAGCUUCGUGCUAUGGUUCAGGCAUGCCUCGCCGAGAAUGCGAGGUUGAAGAUGGAGACAGCACAUCAUAAGCUGCAAUAUAGUUUACUUAGCAUUCAGGCUGAUGAAGAUGCGAAGAGAGCCGCAGUAGAGCAUGAUAUGACACGGCGGGAGGUGGAGGUGUUGCGUAUGACGGAAAACUCCCGCCAGGCUCGUCGUGAGCUGAACGCGGCUGCCGAAUCGACGCAGGUCAAGUAUCGUGAACUCCAAGCUCAGCAUGAAAAUACUGCCAAAGAGAACGAAGCCCUUCAGAAGCGCAUUAAGUCUGCUACCAAGCUCAUCCAACAGCAGAGCGAGGAACGAGACGGCUUAGUCGAGGAGCGGGAUAUGCUCCUCAACCGUAUCCGCGAGAACCGAGAACAUUUCCACAUGCUUUGUAGCCCUGGUGGGGUGUUCCACGGGGCUCUAACACCUAAAACCCCAGCAGCUGCUUCCCCACAGCAGUACCGAACCACACCACGCCAGACGCCUAAAUCUGCAAAUCGGGAUGUCCGUCCUGAUAAUUACAAUAAUCAGGUCGGGUUCGCCGCCCUGCUUCAGGCUCUGAGUCACGACAAUAGUGCGCCGUCGACCCCGACUGCGGCCAAUCGCCCAGCCCUCCGAGCACCACCAAGACAUACCCGCGGCGUUCAAUCUCUAUCUUCUCUUCCCACUACGCCAACCUCGCGCGCUCGCGGAGAAUAUUCAGCUCUGUUACCCUCGGUCGAUUUAGUACCGCAAACCGAACCGCCGAAUCGAUACGGUAACAGUCGGUUUGCUCUUGAGACUCCGGUACAGAAAAGAGGGCGUCAGAGCCGGGAAAGCACCAUCUCUGCCGAUGACAACAAUGAAGAGUUGGCUCGCGCGGCUCUGGAAUCAGUAGCAGCGGCCACGCAAUCAUAUAUGUCACAGGAAUCGCGAGCUUCUCAGCGGCGGGCCGAGAACGAAGAGAUUUUCGAGAGCCAGGCUAGUCAAGCGGCAUCCGAAAUGCUUCGUCGCGAUCCACGUGAGAGCUUCGAGGUUGCCAGUUCGGUCGGGUCUCGCGAUGGCACACCGGUACCGUCCGAAAAAACUGCCAAACUACAGUCGAAGCUCUUUGCGGGUCUGAAUAAGGCAGGCCUUGCUUCAGAGAAGAGGAAGUUCGGCAGCGGCGCAGAUAGUGGUGACACCCGACGAGAAAAUGUCAUGAGUCCCACGAAGAAAAUUAGGUAUGGGGCCGGGAGCGAGGCAAAUGCUCGGGUUGGCCUAGGAAUUCGCUACAGCCAGGAGGCUUAAAAAGCCUUGGAUGAUAACCCUUGAUUAUCUCCUUGAAGGCUGAAAGGUGGUUGGACAUCAUUUGGGGGAAUCAAUGGCUUUGGUAUGAUGAUAUGGUUCUCGCUUUGGACCCGGAUGAUGACGGCGUGAAGGGAUGGAUGAUGAAUGUAUUAUACCCCAUUUUGAUGUCACGGCGUUUGGCUCCGGUUUCAUUUCGUGCUCAGAGCUAGCUACGGUGUACAGCAGCUUAGCGGAAUGCUCCUAUCGAUGAAUUUGAUUGAUGGACUAUAUACCUACCUAGGUAGAUACGUAGAAACAUGAUAGGCAAAUUGACAUAAUAGCUCCUAGCUACGAGUUUUCCUAUUGAUAUCAUCAAAUAAACC